GUUUUGUUUGAGUGAUCACAAGGUCGGUCAAAGACACCUGGCUGUGUUGUUCGUAAGCCUUUUGCCGGUCUCUGUGUGUGAGUGUGUAAGUGCGCGUGUGACGGUUGUGAGCGUUACAGGCACUAUAGGGCAUGUGCUGCUGUGCGGGAAAUGGAAAUGUUGGUGAGAUAAUUUGUGGCGGGACAAUCUGAGCUGAUGAAAAAAAGGUGUGUGAGUGGACAGUGAAGACAGCAGAGGGUCAUGGGAUGUGGCCUGGGAAAACCAAAACAACAGCUGAAGAAAUGUGAAAGAGUGAGCUUCUCAGUCCCAGCUGCCAUUGCCAUCAGAGCAGCUCUGUUGAUCCAGCGCUGGUACCGUCAGUAUGUGGCUCGAUUGGAGAUCAGACGCAGGUGCACAUGGAACAUCUUCCAGUCUAUUGAAUACGCAGGAGAGCAAGAUCAGAUUAAGCUCUACAAUUUCUUUGUCUUCCUGAUGCACCACUUCACCCCGACCAGCAGUGAAAGAAACCUCAUUUCUCACAUAUUCCCUGAGAAUGGAACCUGUCGCGACGGAGAGUGGGAGAAAUAUUUUUGCUACAAGAGCAUCGAGGUCCCCGACGGCUACACUGGCCCACACCUUCACUUCCCUAUGACCUUCUGUGGGGUGUCAAAGCUGGUGGAGGCCUUCAAGCACAAACAACAGCUCCAUGCUCGGUAUGUUUUGCAGCUUCUUGGAGAGACUUGGAGACUUCUACGAAUUCUUACAAACAUCAAUCAUGUCUCCACCAGCCACACAAAGGAGAUUACUAUAUGCGGAGAUUUACACGGGCACCUUGAGGACCUGCUGUUGAUAUUCUAUAAGAAUGGUUUGCCGUCCUCUGAAAGACCGUACGUCUUCAAUGGAGAUUUUGUGGACCGUGGCAAAAAUUCGUUAGAGCUGCUGCUCAUCCUGUUUGGGUUCCUGCUGGUUUAUCCCAACGACGUUCACCUGAACAGAGGGAACCACGAGGACCACAUUGUUAACAUGAGAUAUGGUUUCACUAAAGAAGUACUGGGGAAAUACAGGAUGCAUGGCAAGAAGAUCCUUCAACUUCUCCAGGAGAUCUUCAGCUGGAUGCCUUUGGCCACAGUGAUCGAUGGCAAGAUCCUGAUUGUGCACGGAGGGAUCUCUAACAAGACAGACCUCCACACCAUAGCCCGUGUGGACAGACACAAAUACGUGUCGGCCCUCAGGCCUUCUAAGCCGAACCAUUGUGCAGUCAACAGCAGCAGGAGGACGCAGACAAUAAAGAGCAAUAACAGAAAUGCUGGCGGACCAGUGGCAGGCCGGCGGCGAGUGUGUUCUCUGAGUCACGACAGUUCGGCAACAGCUCUGAGGUGUGAGCUUCCACGCCGCUCACUGCACAACCUGCCAAUUAGCCCUCAGCUCAGCUGGACAGUGGAAGAGGAGCUGAAAAGGAGGCGCAGGUUGGCUGGGUUUGACCAAACCUAUGGAGAGCAGCAGAGGUCUGAGUCCGACUCAGACCCAGAGUGUGAAGCAACCACUGAGACUGAUGAGCACGAGUGGAAGCAGAUAGUGGAUCUGUUAUGGAGUGACCCCAUGCCCCAAAAUGGCUGCAUUCCCAACAAUGUGCGAGGUGGAGGCUGCUACUGGGGCCCAGAUGUCACAGAGGCAGUGCUGGGGAGACACAACCUGCAGCUUCUCAUUCGCUCCCAUGAGUGCAAACAGGACGGCUAUGAGUUCUGCCACAACCGAAGGGUGCUGACUAUAUUUUCAGCAUCUAACUACUAUGAGGUGGGCAGCAACAGAGGAGCCUACAUCAGAAUAGGCCCUGAUCUGAUCCCACACUUCAGCCAGUAUCAGGCCAGCCAGACGUGCAGAGACCUCACCCUGAGACAAAGUGUUGGGUGGACGGAGAGAUCGGCUCUGCGAGCUCUGAGGAAACAGCUCUUUGUGCAUAAGUCAGAUCUCAUCAGUGCCUUCCAGGAGUUUGAUCCUAACAACACAGGAAUGAUCUGUCUGAGGGACUGGGCCAGUGCCACAGAGAGUGUGCUGAAGCUGAGUCUGCCCUGGAGAGUGCUGCGCCCUCAGCUUGUCAACAGCGUGCAGAACGGCAUGGUGGACUACCAGCAGUGGAUAAGGGAGCUCUCAAUCACUGAGCGCAGUCUAGAGAUAUCGGACACCAGCAUCCUGGAGACAAUGUACAGGAACCACUCCAACCUGGAAACAAUCUUUAGAAUCAUAGACACAGAUCACUCCGGUUUGAUCUCUUUUGAAGAGUUCCGACAGACCUGGAAGCUCUUGUGUUCACAUCUUAAAACAGAGAUCAGCGACGAGGCCAUCGCAGACCUGGCACAGAGUAUCGACUUUAACAAGGACGGCAGCAUCGACAUCAAUGAGUUCCUGGAAGCGUUUCGGCUCGUGGACCCGUCUGCACACAGCUGAGUCUCUGGACCAGGAGCUGUAGAUGUAGACAACAACUGCAUGUCUUCAGUAGACUUGGAAAUACUGGUCUGUAGAAUCUCAGCUGCUUGACCUGAGGGAGUGCACUAUUGAAUAUGCAGGUAUAAACUAGAUCUCAUCUACCUCUUAGACUUUGUUGUGUCUAUGUUAGCUUUCUUUUUUUGUACAAUAUACUUUAUACCAGACGUUAAAUCUAUUUUGACUGCAUAUAACUUACUUAUGUAUGAUGGAUAAUAAAACACCUCACUUGUCA